GCAAAAUUAACAAAUUCAAUGUUUUGCUCAACCGGUAGUGCAGUUGGCUCGCGAUUUCAACCGUUGUUUUUGUCUGUUAUCGAAAUGAUUCACCCAAUUUAAAGACUUUGAACCAAUUAUGCAUCGUUUUGGCACUUUAGUAAUUAGUGGUAAUUAGCCUAGUUUACAACUGCAAUAACGAAAAAAUAUUUGAAAUUGUCGGUAAUGCAGUUCAAAUGUCAAACUGACAUAACCUCAAUAAACAACAAUGUCUCAAGCAGCCCGGAGGCUUACAAAGGCCGACUUGCACUUGCCUUGCAAGCGGCAGGCGGUUUACCUUUUGGGCAAGAUUUUGGCCCGAAGGCUCGACGACGGUUCAGUUCUCAGAGGCAGGAUUGUUGAAGACGAGUGUUAUCUAGGGGGCGAAGACAAGGCCUCGCAUUCGUACAACGGGCGCCAGACGGCCGGGAACGAACCCAUGUAUAUGCCCGCGGGAACGACUUACGUUUACUUCAUUUAUGGAAUGUAUUGUUGCUUCAAUAUUUCGAGUCUUGAGCCAGGCGCUGCGGUUCUACUUAGGGCCCUUGAACCGAUUCAAGGCCAGGAACAAAUGGGGAAAUUACGAGCAGCUAAGCAAAAAAGUCCGUUGAAAAGUCCUUUAAAAGAAAAGGAUUUGUGUAAUGGGCCCUCCAAGUUGUGUAUGUCGUUCAAUAUUACAAAAAAUAACUGCAAUAAGAUUGAUCUGACUGAAAGUGAGGUGUUGUGGCUGGAAGACGAUGGGUUUGAAGUGGAGAAAAAAGACAUUGUGACGUGUAAAAGGGUUGGUAUUGGGUCGGCGGGCGAGGAAUGGGUGGGAAAGCCGUUGAGGUUUUACGUUUUGGGUAAUCCUCAUGUUAGCAAAAGGGAUAAAAAGACAGAGAAGAAAAUGUCCGAGUCUGAUUAAUAAAGUUUUCCAUUUUUAA